UCUUCCCUUAUUCGUUUGAUGAGUGCGUACGCUUUUUCUUACAUUCUUCUCUCCCUUUUCUUUCACACACCAGCUCCUUCGAAGAUUAUGGGAAAAAUGAAUGUUGACGCGGUGGGUGAUUACUCAUCACGAUACAAGAAGAAGUCGUCGGUGACGCCGUCGAAGAGGAUGAGCCGGGAGGAAGACGAGGCCAUGGCCUUAGGGAAACGUCUUUCCUUAGCCGAACAUGAGGCUAAGGAGAGUGAGCGACGAUCUUCAGGUCGUCGGGACAGGAGAGAUGAGGGUGACCGUCGUGAUCGACGCGGUCAUGACGUUGUCGGUGCCGAUCGUUCGGAAGCAAGAUCCGACGCAGAGAGGGAGAGGAGGGAGAAGGAGGUGGCUGAAGCGCGGUCAGCUAAGCUACCUAUUGCCGAGACUUCUCAUGAUGUGCCCCUAGGCGGCAGGGAGGUUAUUUUGUAUGACAACUCUCAGGUCGAGCCGACCAAGAAGCGGGCUGCUGAUGAGUCCGAACCGGCGCGUUCGGACCCGACCAAGAGACAAAGGACGGCCUGGGCCCCUGAUUAUAGGUGGCGAUAUGAUUAUAACGGGCGCGACGUCCAUAUCUCGACUGAUUCCACAUCCUGUGCGGAGCUGUUCCGCAAGCUUCACGUCGGUCCAUCUCCCUUCUUCGAGCUUCAAGAUAUGUGGGAGAGAACGGCGUUCACUGACGCUGCGAAGAAGACCGUUGCGGCCAUCGGCGCGAUUGACAGGAUGGCGUAUAUGUACGAGCGUCGUCUCCGCGUCGUUUCUGAGCAGAACACGGCCUCGAAGGAUCACCAGAGGGCCUUGGCAGCCGAGACGAGGAGGGCUGAUCAGGCGUCGAAGGGCUUGGAGAGUGCCAACUCCGAGGUGCAGCUUCUUCGCGAGGAGGUCGCCAAACUGAAGGAGGAACGGGAUAACGCUCUUUCAGAACGGGAGCGUUGUCUUGAGGAGUUGUCGAAGUCCCGUGUUGACUUUAAGAACUUGGCCGAGCAGUCACAAGCCGAGGAGGCAAGGCUUCGGAAGCGGCGCACCGAAUACGCUCGUAAGGCUCUCAAGGAGGCUGCAGACCAAUUUCAGCAACGUCUCGACGGGAUUCAGAGGCAUUUUACUACCAGGGACGCGGCAUAUCCCAAGUUCCUCGAUUAUAAUCAGGCGGUUGGGAGCGUUGACCUGCUGAAGGCGCUGGCUGAAACUGGGGAGGUCGUCUUGAACUCCAAGGACGUAAUUGAGAGGCUUGAAGCUGAUGCGGAAGAGCUUAAGAACGAGGUCAAUGCGUUCGACAUUGCCGAGUUGGAGGAAGGCUGGAAUGACGUCGGAAAUCUCUUCACGGGCUCUCUCGCUGCUGAAGAAACCGAAGUCGUUGAUGGUGACGUCGAGGCCGUCGACCAAGUCGUUGGUGAUGGCGACGCCCAGAUCGGAGAUCCUCCUCAAGACGAGGCCGCGUCUUGAGUUUUUAUGUUAUUAUUAUUUUUUUUAAGUUAUUUGCCGCGUAGUCGGCUUUUGUAAGACUCUUGCCACUUCUGUUGGCUUUUCCUUUAUUGAAUAUCUAUUUCGUUUGCUA